ACAGCACUGAGCCGGUGUAACUCUGUGGUGCCACGGCCAUGCCAGCGCCAGCCCGAGCCCCGGCAGCUCUCCAGCAGGGCGAUGAAGCUCAUUAGCUAAUUCCCUACACCUUGGCAGACCCCGCGGCCCCGCGAGUGCCGGUGCGGGGCGGGAGGAGGGACCGGGGGAUGCCCGGGCCACCCGCAGCCCUGCCCGGUCCCUGCCAGGUCGCCCGGAUUCCACAGCCGCCGGCACUGGGGGGGCUUUCCCGGGGGCGCGGGGGGGGGGGCGCUCUGCCCGCCACCGAGCCGUGUCCCGCCGCUUUCCCCCCGCCCGGCGGGGCCGGUCCCGGUGCCCCUCCGGGCCCCCCCACGGUGCGGGCGGGUUCCCGCGGCGCGUGCCCGCCCGCCGCCCGCCUCGCCGCAGAGCCCGGCCCGCACCUGCACCCGCACCGGCACCGGCACCGGCACCGGCACCGGCAGGGCCAGCCGGGCGCGCACCAUGGCCACAGCACAGCUCGUCACCUGGGGGCUGCUCCUGGCUGCCGGGGUCCCCGCCGAGGCCCAGGGGAUACUGACGGUGUCCCCAGGUGGGACCCUGCAGCGGGGCAGGGAGCCCCUGCACAGCCCUGCCUGGGGACAGUGGCCUGGCCCAUCCCUGGCUUGGGAGGCGUCGGGGGACCCAAGUGGCGCUGGGGACUUCGGGAGCGAGCGCUGGGGCGGGGGCAGCCCCGUGCGCUGGUCCCCACUGCUGAGGGCAGGGGAUGCCACCGGGCCACCCCUGGAGAUGGAAAGCAAAGGGGCAGGCGCUGGCACCAGGGCCUGGCGGGACCGUGACACGACUGUGGCCGUGGCAGAGGAGACGCUCAUCGCCUGGCAAGGACACGAGGCCAGAGGCCAGGACAGCCCCCAGGGACAGACCUGGCUGCCCCACAGCGCUGCGCUGGGGACACCAGGCCCCGAGGUGCCCUCGGACACGGGGCCAGGCUCCACGGGGCCAUCCUGGGAAGGGAAGGGACCAUCCCUGGCUGGGCAGAGUGCCACCCCCAGCCUUCAGCCAACCGUGUCCACCAUCGCCCUGACCCCCACGCCAGCAGCAGGGACGGGGCUGGGGACAGUGGAUGCCCACACCUGGGGACAGCCAGCGGUGGGAGGACCCACGACAGCCCUGGGCAUCCCCCAGGGGACACAGCUCAUUCCAGCCAGCAGCCAGCUGGUCCCCCUGGGCACUGUCCUUGUCCCCCAGCCCAUGGGCACAGGGCCAGCCCGGGGUCCCCAUGCCACCCACAGCUCUGUGCAGCUGGAGGGCAGACAGGGGGACCUGGAGAAGCCCCCCAGCCCUUCCCCAGCUCUGCCCAGCUCUGCAUCACGGCUGCCUCCCACAGCCCCGUCCUGGAGGCUGGCUGAGCCCUGGACCCGGGUGCUCCCAGCCCACCAACGCAGCACCCGGAGGGCUCCAUUUGGCCAUGCCACCACCAGCCCUGGGGGUGCAACACACAUGAACCCCAGGCCAACGGGGCAGCAGGGACCCCAGCCUGCCCCGGGGGCUGCCUUUGGCACCAGUCCCACGUCACUGCCUGCCUCCAGCACGGCCCUUCCUGGCACCCCUGGCACAGGGCUGCUGCCCGAGGAGGACGUCGGCUCCCCGCAGCGGGUCCGGGGUGCUGUGGGCCCUGUGAGAACCCCAAAUGCCUCCGAGGCCAUCCCACAGCCAACACCACAUCCCACCAGAGGGACGGGCAGGACCAAGCACUCAGAUACCCCAGGGACGCAGCCCCCACCUCAUGGUCCUGCAGCCCCCUCGGCCACAUGGCGGAUAGCAGGGCUAACAACGCUGCCAGCUCCCCGGCAUCCAUCCACGCGGCAGCCACAACCUAGCCAGCCCUCCCCGGCACCAGGGGCCAACGCCACAGGGCUGCGGUGGGCCGAGCUGCGGCGCCAGCUGGGCUUCGCCUGGGAUGGCCAUGUCUAUGGGGUGGCCGCCGUCUUCCUGCUGCUGGCACUGGGCUGCCUGGCUGGGCUGGUAGGGGCGGCCACCCUGCGUCCUCCGCACCUGCCCCAUGUUUUAGGGGCCCACAGCCUGCUGCUGGCUGCCUGCCUGCUGCGGGCCACCUUCCUGCUGCUGGACCCCUAUGGGGCGCGGGGCCGUCUGCCCCCCCGGGCGCUGCUGCUGCUCAGCACGACCCCCUUUCCCCUGCUGCUCAGCACCUUCGCCCUCCUGCUCCAGCGGCUCCAGCGCCUGGCCCAGCUCCGGCUGCUGCCGGGGCGGCUCCGGGGGCUGCCGGCGCUGGGGGCUGCUGCCGCCCUGCAGAGUGGGGUGCUGGGGGGCGCAGACCUGCUGCCCCCCCGGCUGGGCUCCAAUGCCGCGCUAGGGCUGCAGGCGCUGGGCUGCGGGGCUGGGUCCCUGCUGCUGUUGGGGGGGCUCUGGGGGUGCUGGCGGGUGCUGCGGGCACCCCGGCAAGGGCCGGGGGGCGGUGAGAGGCCGGGGCUGCGGCGGGGGGCUUGGGCGUUGCUGGCAGCAGCGGUGUUGGGGCUGCCAGUGUGCGGCCUGCAGCUCUACAGCGCGCUGUGGCUGCGGGGCGUCCUGGGCACCCCCAGGCGAUUCUCCCGGCCUGGCUGGGCAGCACAGCUCUGGCUGCGGGUCGGCGAGCUGGGCAUGGUACUGGCACUGCUGGCAGCGGCUGCCGAGCUGCUGUGCUGCCGGUGCCGCCGCCGCAGCCCCACCAGCCACUCCUGCUGGGCCAAGGCGCUGCGGUACUUCUGCACCAGCCGCAAAGCUGAGGUGCCCGAGUACCCCAACAACUGCUACGACUGGGCCGGCAGCAGCACUGGCGGCAGCGGCCCAGAGCGGGCACCUACCAACGACAUCUCCAAGAGCCUCAUUCGCAACCCAGCGGAGCAGCUGCCCCUGCGGGCACUCAAGGACAGCAACGAGGCCUGGGCGGCCGCUGCCGGAAUGCCGGGGCUCAGCCCCAAGUGCCCCAAUGCGGUGGUUGCCCGCUCCUGUGCUGCCUUUGAGCAGGGUUCGUCCCCGUCGCUGGGAGAACUGGUCUUCCGCCCGCCGUCACCCAUCAACUUGCGCCGCAGCAUCGACCAGGCACUCUGCCGCCGGCACCUUCUGCACGACAGCCUCUUCAGCCAGCCCCGACGUGGCUCUGGCACCUCACUGCACAGCUCCCUGGCCCCUGCUGAGACCCCACGCCUGGGGCGCAUGGUGCGGUGCAGCUCGCUGACCGAGCUGCCUGGCCCCCGGCAGCCCCCCGGCACCAUCACCGUCACCGUCACCGCCUCAGCCAGCUCACUGGACAGCAGCUCACUGAAGAUCAGCUGGAACCCCUGGCGCCAUGGGCUCUCCUCGCCCGACAGCCUGCCCCUGGAUGAAGCACCCAGCCGUGCCCCCCUCCUGGUGCCCGCCGUGCCCCCCAGCUGGGAGCGCGAGGGCCCCCGCAGCUUCCCAGCUCUUGGAAAGGCGACGGACACCCGCAGCCUCUCCAGUGACACCAUCGAGCUCUGAGCUGGGGAGCUGCAAGAAUGGGCAGAGAUUGGGGGCGCAGGGGAUGAGCCCGGCAGUGGGGUCUGGGGGCCGGAUCCUGCACCCCUGCAAAGCAGGGAAGGAGGGAGGAGCUGGACUGGGCAGCUCCGUUUGUGCCAAACCAGAGAAAUAAAGUUUUAUGUUGGGAGGUAGCCCUGUUGGCGUGCAGA